AUAUGAAGAUGGGGGGCUUAGGCUUCCAUCGGUCGGUCUUCUGAUGUUGACAGCCACCUUCACUUUUUUUAACCCCCAAACACCAUCACCAUGCGCCUAAUAAAUGUUGAUACGCUCGAGUUACGUGAGUUUCAAGGUCAAAAUAUCCCAAAAUAUGCCAUUCUUUCGCACACCUGGGGGGAUGACGAGGUGAGCUUGCGAGAUUGGGAGGCUGGAAGGGCUCCCUCCAAGCAAGGCUACGACAAGAUUCGGUAUACUUGCGACCAAGCCCGCGAGGAUAAGUUGCAAUGGGCUUGGGUGGACACUUGUUGCAUCGAUAAAGCAAGCAGCGCCGAACUCAGCGAAGCUAUUAAUUCCAUGUAUCGUUGGUAUGAGAAUUCCGUCGCCUGUUAUGCUUAUCUAUCAGACGUGGAUUAUAAGGACGAGUUCCCGUAUGCGGCCUCAAACGAAAAUUCGGAUGAGCGACAAAUUUCUAGAUGGUUUACUAGGGCUUGGACAUUACAAGAGUUGAUUGCUCCAUCAAAUGUUAUAUUCUACAAUCGUAACUGGAGCGUUUCAUGGCGUCGAAAUGAUCUGGAAGUGGCGAGUAUCGUUUCCCGGGUCACACGAAUUCCGAAAAACGUAAUACAACAUGAGCGUUUCAACCACCCAUCGGCCUACAGUAUUGCGCAAAAGAUGUCUUGGGCGUCUCGUAGAUCAUGUACACGUCUUGAGGAUGUGGCUUACUCUCUUCUGGGACUGUUUAAUAUCAACAUGCCGCUACUAUAUGGCGAAGGCGAAAAUGCAUUUGUUCGGCUGCAGGAAGAACUCCUCAAGGAGACAGGUGAUCACUCGCUCUUCUGCUGGACCGUUCCAAGAUCUAGCUCUCGGGCGUGGACAUUAGAAAGUGUACUUGCGAGAUCUCCUGACGACUUCGAACAGUCAGGAAGUAUCCAAGAGACCCUUUCCGACGACGGCUCUCCGUCCGCAAUGACCAAUAGGGGACUUCAAAUACGCCUUGAUCUUGGCGAACGAUCUUACGAUACAAAAUCGCAUCUUUUCCGCGGCAACAAGGCCUGUUCUGUUUAUAACGCCAGGUUGCAUGCGGCGGAAUAUGAACCAGUUACGGGGCAUUACAAAAAGCAAAUAUCAAUCGUACUAAUUAGGACACAUCAUCAUCCACGAGCAGGUAAUAGGUACGCGAGAUUGGCUACACCUGAAUUACAGAGCGUUGAUUUAGAUACUGUUUAUACGAAGAAGAAUGAACUAAUAUAUAUUCAAAAAACGCUCUAUCCCUGGGAGCGGGAACGGUUCGGCCUCGGAGGUAUCCAUCUGCAAGACAUUCCUCUAACGCAACGUCUUUCCCACCGGCGGUCUAACGGCGGGGGUACGCGAAAUGGCACUCAUUACGGCGGAAUUCCUAUAAUCCAAACCAUAUUUUAUAACGGACUCGACAUAGAAUGUAACGAUGCUCAUAGAUUCAAUACCUCGUCCACCCUAGGACCGCAGAUUGAAUGGUCAGGCCUGUAUAGUUGCUUCGUUUUUGGGGACGCGUUCUUGCUGUCACACCAUUCUCCAUACUUCGUAGCGUUGGGCAUGCAACAACCCUCUGGAGAUGAGAUGCGCCGCAUGUUACUUGUAUGGAGCAAUAGAGCUGUUCACUUUAGCAUCCACCUAGGCGAGUUGGAGUUGCUUAAAUUAAAACCGAAGUCUCUGGAACGGACUCAAGCUCUCCUUGCAAUACUAGACCAGUCCGGCCCCUACACGCAUGAGGGGAAUUGCGAAGAGAUGUAUGGCGAGAUAGCUAGAGCGAGAACAAAUGUCCGUAUGGGACAUUACGUUGAAUAUGUAUUGGAACGGGAAGAUCCUAGGACUUGCCAAGGAGAAGCGGCAGGUAAUCGAUUUCACUUCUUGAUUCGAGCUGAAGUACACCCUAGCUAGACUAGAUACGCGAUCCUGAACUGCGCUUUGUAUGCAUCGCUAAUAUGGUUCAUAUCAUGCCCCGAGAUGAGCGUAUUCUUUAUUGAACGCCCU